UAAGCAUGUUUUAAUAUCACAGCAAUGAGCAAUAGCUUGAGAAAUGGAUAGAAAUGACAAAUAAGCCAAAAACAAUCGUUUUUAGCACUGAUUUGUAGGAUCGUCACCUCCCUGUACGCAGUAGGCGUCCACGACGGGUAAACCGCUUCAGAACUACAUUUCCCAGAAUGCACGAACAGUUUGUGAGGCGGAAAUGACUUCAAUGACGCGCAACAACAGUCCCAAACAAUGUAGGCAGUGUAGUGAAGUGUGUGGACAAUGUUUUCUGUAUCGGUGCUUCUGUCAUGGCGAACUCUGCCUCCUUGUGUUACAAUGAGCAGAUCAGCCUCCUCAGCUCCUCGUUUUGUUCCAGCCAGCAGCUCAGUUAACAAAAGCACAUUGGAGCAGCUCCAGACAUUUGUAUCGCAGGCCUCUCGCCUCUUUGUGAUGACUGGAGCAGGACUGUCCACAGAGUCUGGAAUCCCUGACUAUCGGUCAGAGGGUGUGGGACUGUAUGCAAGGACAGACCGCCGGCCCUUGCAGCACUCUGAGUUUGUGCACAGUGCCAAAGCCCGGCAGCGUUACUGGGCCCGGAACUAUGUGGGGUGGCCACAGUUCUCGUCCCACCUGCCCAAUUCAGCUCACUAUGCUUUAAGGGACUGGGAGAGGAAGGGCAAAGUUCACUGGCUUGUCACUCAGAAUGUUGAUGCCUUGCAUUCUAAGGCAGGACACCAGGGGCUGACUGAGCUGCACGGCUGUUCCCACAGGGUGGUGUGUCUGGGAUGUGGUCAGCUAACGGCUCGUGAGGAGCUGCAGAAUCGUUUUGCUGCUCUAAACCCAGGCUGGGAAGCGAGUGCAGGGGCAGUGGCACCAGAUGGAGACGUGCUGCUGGAGGAUGAGCAGGUGCUGCACUUCCGGGUGCCUGCAUGCCAGGCCUGUGGAGGCAUCCUCAAACCUCAAGUAACAUUUUUUGGUGAUACAGUGGCUCGUGCAACAGUGGAGUUUGUGCACAACAAGUUGGCUGAGUGUGACGCUCUGCUUGUGGCUGGAUCCUCACUGCAGGUGUAUUCUGGGUAUCGCUUCCUUUUAGCUGCCAAAGAGAGACAAAUCCCAGUGGCCAUCUUGAACAUUGGCCCUACUAGGGCUGACCACCUUGCUCAGCUUAAAGUGAGUGCCCGCUGUGGAGAAGUGCUAUCAUCUCUUAAUGCCAGCUAAGAAGAGGAGAGAGGGGAUUUCUGCUCAGGCACCUGACUCUGGAAUCUUGUUUCAAUCACCCAGUACACUGUAAAAAAUAAUAAAUAAAGGGGGUUGGAGGGUGUUUCAAGGCUCCUUUCAUAAGGGCAGUGGUUCUAUCUAGAAUCAUGACACCUCAAAUAACAAUUUAGAGGCUUAAACCUUUUAAAAUGGUUAUUUUUAUCACCAAAAAGAGUGCAACAAAUUGUUACAUGAUAUAUAGCUCCUUUUACUGUUUUGUCAUUGCUGCUCCUGUACAAGAGUUGGAUUCUACCUCAGAAUGGAACAAACAGAAGACACGUAAAGCUGUUUAGGACUGUUUUCUGAAUUUGGCUGAUCUGUUAAUGGUGAAUGUGUCAUUCUUUUAUUUAAUUAAAAUUAUUGAGUUAUUAUUAGUGAGCUAAAUAUGGAAAUUUAAGUUUGCGGGUUGUGCAAAUGUAUGUUAGGGAAUUACAGCUUAAAAGUCCUCAUAGGAUGUAAGAGUGUGACAUUCAGCAAAUUUACUUCCAGACUACAUAACUUUUAAAGAGUAAUGAGUGGAACUGUUUGUACUGUAUUACCUGUCAUUGAUAUUUUGCUGGAAAUAAAACUUUAAAUUCAUAUGCUGCAUUAUUAAUGCUGAUAUGUAUUGUACAGCAGAGGUCAGAUGUUUUUAUUUGUCCUGCUCAUAAAAUAAACAUUUUAAAUAAUGAGAA